UUAAUAAAAAACACAAAAAUCAAAAUAUAACAACAGUUAUAGAAAUUCAAAAUUAAAAGCCUCAAAAAUACAAUUUUAUUUGACUUGUGCCCGUUCGAGACUGUUUAGCUUAAGCAUUUUUAUCCUUACUAAAGGUAUUUUAGAAAAAUGCUCUUCGGUUCAUUCAUUGUGUACUUUAAUUUUCAAGUCUAAAGAAUUUUGUUUAGUUUGUGUCCACAAAGUUGUUCUUUUCUGUAAUAAAAAAUGUCCAUAAACGUGACCGUAUCUGGAAAUCCAGUGAAAAUAAAACGUGGAAAGCUAAUUAAUGUCGAUCCUCAAGUCGAGGCCAAAAAAGAAAUGGAAAAAAGAAGAAUUUUGAGGUUACAACAGGUUCGACAGCAGUCCAAAGAGUUUGCAGACAAAGUCCGGAAUAAAGUAAAGAAAGAAAAAGUAAAACAAAUGGGAGAAAUCAAAAAGCAAGAUCGAGAAAAACUAAACAGUUGGCAAAACAAAAAACUGUUAGAACUUCAAAAUGAAUAUUUAAACGUUCUUGAAGAAAUUGGUGCUGGACAUAAGGAAGCAGAAGAAUAUGCAGAUGAGAAUGAAAUAGUUGAGAAGCAAAAGCAGGAAAACCAAGAAAUAGCCAAAGCAAGAGGAAAGCUGGCCAAAACCAAGCUGCAAGUUCAAAAAAAUGAAGACAACUAUAAGAAAGCUAUGCCUCUACAACACAAAAAAAUUGUAAGGGAUAUUGAAAAUACUAGAGCCGCACUUGUUGCCGCUAUGAACAAACAGAAAUCAAAGAAAUGUCAGAAAAACAAAUGCAAAUUGAAACAAAAACCAAAAGCUGACAUAAAUAUAACAAUACCAAACGAUUCUGACUUCAGUGAGGCCUCAAGCUCUGAUUCUUCCAAACAUUUAACAAAAAUUGCCGAGGAGGAAGAUGCCAAUGAUAGUGAUGGAUUCUGUGAAUGUUCAGACUCAGACUCUGACUUUGAAGAGUGUGAACAUGAUGAUGAGAAGGCACCAGAAGAAUCACCAGUUGAAACCAACCAGAAUAGAGAUUUCAUAAACAAACUUGAGCCUACUAAAUUGGUACCGCCAUUAGAUCUUGAUCAGCUCGAUAGCGAACCCAGAAGAGCAUAUAACGAAAAAUCCUAUAGGGACAUAAUGGAGCAACAUCAGAAAGCUAUUGAAGAAUUCAGAAAUCGUCCUGCCGAUCAUAAAUUUGUACCUCCUGCGGAUACGCGUAUAUCAGAUCGGAUCAGACAGAGACAACUUAUGGGAUUCCAGCCAGAUUACUGUGAUAUUGUUUCUGAACCGUUUGUGGAACCGCAGGCAUCAAACAACAAUUUCACCUCAGAACGUUUUACUUAUGUGCCAAGUAAAGCCACUACAAAUAACACUAAUAACGGAGAAUGCAUUUGCACAAAAUUCCAUAAGUCAUGCCCUUGUAUGCCUAAAAGUGAUGAAAAUAAAGUGACGGCCGCUGUACAGACCGAUGAUGGCAUAGGAUACAAACCGAGUUGUAAAUGUGGCCCAAAGAAAGACUUUAAAACUAAGAGGAAAUCGGCAUUUGAAAGUGGAGACUCACAAAUCAGGUCUGAUACAUUCGCCAUUCAAAAAUCAAUUGGCAAACCAUCGUCCAAAGAGAUUCCAGCUAAACCACCGGUUCGAUUGAAAGAUAUGGAAACGAUGACCAGCAGUAAAUCAGUGGGAAAAAUAAAAGAUAUUGAAAGUAAACUUUUGAAGCAACAAAGUGGCGAAAGUAGCAGAAUACGUCACUACGAUUUUCCGAAUAGAUUCGAGAAAGAAACCGCGUCUACCUCACAAGUUGAAAGACUUGGACCCGAAAGCGUUGAGGCUAUUCCCGAUACAAAUUCCGAGGCGGAAUGGCACGAAAACAUGAAAAAACGUGACAAAGAAGCCCAAAUGCGUGGACGUAAAGCGAUGGAAAAGCAACGGGUUCAACGAGAGUACGAGGAACUAAUGCAGAAACUGCCCAUGUUACAAAGAAAAGAGCAUAUCGCCCAAAUAGGGAGUGACAAGCCCCGAUACCAUAUGUCCGAAGAACGACUGAGAGAGAGGGAAAAAGAGCGACAAAACCGUUUGGAAAACGCUUACGCCAAAGUGUUACAACCGAAAAUUGUCACUCUGCCUUCACGAAAACCUGAGAUUCCGAAAAGUAACGAACCGUUUGAGAUUAUCGAUGGUGACGAUUCAAGAACCUUAAACUUGGGACAAUGGGAACCUGCGUCCAAGCCAAGAACCAUGUUCUCAGCCGAAGAAGUGCAGGAAAUCAUUAAGGCGUUCACCCUUCAAAAGCCGGAGGAUCGAAAGUCAAAACUGAAACAAUUAUUGAAAAGCUUAAAGUUACAAAAGGAGCAGCUGAUUAACGAAAUCCGCGCCUUACCGAACGACGAUAGCAUUAACGCCCUGAUUAGCGAUUUGAAUUCAUUUAGCGAUAGCGACACUAAACAUAAACCUUCCAAAGGUAAGCAGAAAAAAAGACAACACGAGGAAAGCGACAGCAGCUCAAACUCUAUCGAAAAGAAAGGGAGAAGACAUAAGGACAAACAUAGCAGGUCACCGCGAAAGAAAAUUAAAAAACCGAGGGUUCUUGUGUUGCAAAAUAUGAGCACCCAAACCACGCCGAAUGCUAAAGAUAAGUCGUCUUCCUCCAGUGAAUUGCUUGUCUCUGAAAAAACUAAAGUUACAAGUGAUAUUGUCAAUUUAUGUAAAAGGUCCCAUACACCUUGCGAUUGCCUUAAAGAAAAAACCACCAACCAAGAAGAGGAAGAAGAAGUAUGUAAAAUAUUCAUAAAACUAAACGAAGAAGAACUACCUCAGGUAGAAGUGGUAAAAAGCGCGAGAGAUUCGUCAGAGGGUGCGGGAGACAAAGUAAAAUCCAAACCGCGUGAAGACCGACCCUGCGCGAAGACUCUUAAAGAACAAUUCGAACCCGUUAAGGAGAAUCUUCGGCCCCAAGAAAAAACGAAACGUGUAGGAUCCAGAUCUGUAUCAACUGAAACAGAACCGAUUCACAGAUUUAAGAAAACCGAAAAAAGAGAAACGAGGAAACCGAAAUUACCUUCAGGCGAACGCAGUCCUUCAAAAAGACACCCCGGAACAGAAAAACCAUUUAGGAAAGAUCAGUCGUGGAAAGAGCAUUUGAGCAAGAAUUCCGUGUCUUCCAGUACUUCAUAUAUGAGCCCACCUGACUUUUCCCGUCCUAAUACUGUCAGCACCGACGGAAGCAAACAGUCUUUUUAUAAUUUAAGGCGCAAACCGCAACAAAGAAAUAUUUUUGGAUCGUCCGACCUCAGAACGUUCCUAGAAGCAUCCGCCGACCAGCACCGCCUCAGCACAAACAAAAACCUUCUGACGUACGUGAAACGACUGCUCAGCAUGUCAAAGAACAGCGUGGACGAGUUGGGCGUGUCGUCCAGUGACGUCCAGACACCGAGUCAGAGUGUGAUCGAGAUUGAAACUAAUAAUCCGCUGGCCCCCCUGCAAAAGGUUGUCGAUUUGAUUAACAGGAAAACAUUGGAUUUAGCUAAAGAGUUGAACGCCUCCGAGGAAACUCCAGACGUACCGCCGAACUCUUUGGCUAAUAUGUCCGGUGAAUCAGGAAAGAGGACACAUUUAGAUAAUUCGGACCAUGUGCCAGAACGAGACAGUAACGGAAGCUCGGUGGAGAAAACCAAAGAAUUAAUAUUGGCCCAAUACGCGGACGUGACCGACUCUUGCGCGAAACGUAUCGAACGUUUGGCCGCGAUGAUCGAGCAACUAAGACAGGAAAAGAUGCGGAUGUUGCAGAGUCCACCGCUACAAGAAGAAGUUCAAGUAGAAGAGCAAGAGGAGCAGCGGUGUGAUGCCUCUUGUGGCGGUAAUACUAUGACCGCCGUGCCUUUGCUCACACCUAAUUUUAGCGAUAAGGAGAAUUCGACCAGGUACUUUGAAUUUCCUCCUUCGGGCGAGAAGUCUAAAGGUACCAACUCCACCUCCAGCAUGGACGAAGAAGAAGUAAACAGACGAUUAAUUGAAAUCGACAUGAGCUUAGCUGACAAGCUUAAACAGUUUAGGGAAGUAGCGAAACCUGAGAAAUCACCCCAGCAAGAAGGAAAACCAAUUUCUCAACCGCUCACCUCUGAAGACCAAUUAGAAGAUGCCGACCAACAAUUCCUAGAACGUCUUCAGAAACUGGUGCAAGAAAGCCAUCGGAGGGAGCAAGAAGACCUCGCCAGCCAAUCAGAAAACGCCGCAACCCAAGUGCAAUUUGUUCCUUUACUAAUCGAUAUCCCGAAACUGCCGAUCUUGGAACCGCCCAGCUCGGAUGAUAUGACUACGAUGCUGAGACGCCAUCAUCCCCCGCCCUCGAAGGGUCUUAUGACCGCCAAGAAGUUUAACGGGAACAUUUCUUUGGUACCUCACGAGUUGUCGACUAUUGUUGAAGCAGAUAGUCAGCUUUCGACCAAGAUCAGUCCCAAUAAUUCAAAAACAAUGGUGGGAACAGUUUUAAGUCCUACUCACGAAGAAUAUUCAGAAACUUCAAAGGAUUCCUCCGUCUCAAAAAACCCUCCAAAUUCCUUAAAAAGCUCCUCGGCCUCGCCAUCGAAAUCGAACAAAAGCAAAUCUUGCACCGAAGACACUUGCACCAGUAUGCCGGGAUCAUCGUCCCACUCACUCUCCUCCUCAAACUCGACCAGUGACCUAAAAAGUAUCGAGGGGAUGCUUAAAAGUAUCGGGAUGGAGUGGGCCAUCCCGACUUUACAUAAAACCCAAGAAGCCCUCGCCUUAUCCUCCAGUUCCAGCUCGGGCGAAUUAAGUUCGAAGAAAAGAAGCGACGUCAGCUUGAAAGACUUUUUAAAGAAGCAAAUGACCAGCAAAAUAUCGUCGAGCAGUUUAAACAAAUCAGACGCGAGUCCGGCCAGUUUUCUUAAGGAUUGUUCGGACUUAAGUGCGAUUCAUUCGAGCGCGCGACAAAAAACCUCCACGCCGGUGCUGUCUAGUAAAAGUACUCCGAACAGUAAAACGAAGGAUCAAUUAAUGUUUUCGGGUAUUUCGGAUAUUUCGUCGGUUCGAAAUAAUUCGGGAGAGGAUUCCCGCAGGAAGACGACGUCCGGGCAACCGACGAAAUUUCAAAGUUUGGCCGGCGACGAAUAUUCGUCUGUGACCGAGUAGGUUUUUUUUAUUGUACCUAAAUAGUUUAAUUUAUUUUUUUUUUAUAUUGUUAUGAUUUGAUUGUAAAAUUGUCUAAACAAUUUCAUAUUUUUUAAUAUAAUGAAGAUUUUUUAAAAAUA